AUGGGAGUUUGGGAGGAGGAAAAGCUUCAACAGUUUAAAGAGGUUACUAAUUACGACGAAAGCACAGAGCAAGAAAAAGUUCUAAAACUAUUGCGUGUAUGCAAUUGGAACCUUGACAGUGCAUGUGUUCGAUACUUUGAUAACGAUUUUCCCACGCUAUUGGAUGAUGAGACAUUGAACCAUGAAGUGAAUGCAUCUAUUAAUGAAAGGCCGCCUAUGAGGGAUCCUUUCAACGGUGCCGGAAUUGGCGGGAGUGCUAGUGCAGGAGUGUUUGAUAAUAGGUUUCUGGACCUCAUACCCAAAUUGCCGAAAGCCGUAACUAUUUCGAACAAUUGGAAGUUUCAGAUUGGUAUAUUACAUGGGCAGAACAUUAACAGGGGUCAUGUUUCAAUGCUAGCACCAGUGGUGUUUAUAUUGAUGCUUUUUCCUAGAUUGUUGUGGGCCUUAGGCUGGGGGUUGGAUAAAUUGUUGGGAUCGACAUUUCCAAACGUAUUCAGGUUUUUAGGUUAUCGAACGGGUCCGACUGAUUUCCCUAGAAGGCCUCUCUACUUGACGAAAGAGGAGAUUUCUCAUUAUGAUAUUAAGAAUUACAUAGACGAGACACUAGGCGAAACCUCUGAUUUGCCUGUAUUUAGGGGAGGGUUCAACGAUGCAUUCAACAGGUCGAAGUCCGAGCUGAAAUGGUUGGUUUGUGUAUUAUUAAAUUCACAGUCGGACACUUCCCGGAAGUUUGUCAAGACGUAUUUGAAUGAUGAACGAUUCAUUGAAUUUGUUAAGAGAGAUCAGAUGAUUUUAUAUAUUGGAGACGUCAGUUAUCCGGAACCUCAUGAGGUGGGCCAGGUUUAUUGUGCUUAUUCUGUUCCCUUUAUUAGUCUUAUUUCCAAUGUUUCCGCUACGGGAACAACUAUGCCCAUGAUGUCGGUGGUUUCCAAGCACCAAUCGUUUGAGGGUGACAAGAGAUUCACACCUGAAGAACGUAGGAAACUCAUGAGAAGACUCACAAGGAUAGUGCAAAGAUAUGAACCGCAGCUGAUAGUUCAGAGGACUGAUAAACAAGAAGCUGAUCUUUCAAGGGUUCUCAGAGAACAGCAGGACAGCGCCUAUCAAGAAUCAUUAAUUAAAGAUAUGAAGAAGCAGGAACAGAAAAAAAGGAAGCAAAUAAUACAGCAGCAACAAUUAGAAGAAGAAGAGAGGCAGAGGGAAUCAUCAGAAAGAAGAAAAAGGCUGCGCAAGGCUGCCAUUUAUCAUUAUUACAUUCAAAAGUACAAUAGAGACACGAGUUCGUGGAUCAGAGGAGAAUAUACCACGAUACAGCUAAGAAAUAAUAAGGGACAAAGAGUGAUUAGAAAAUUUAAUAAGGAGGAUACAACGUUUGAUGUCUUCAUGUUUGUUGAAUGCAGGGAUUAUUUACUAGCUCAUGGGGAUCAGUCCGAAAAUUGCGCUAUUAAAGUAUUGAAAGCAGAUUCUAAGGAUGAACAGACUGACGGUCCUUUUGAAUAUAAGUUUAAGUUCGAUUUGAUAUCUCCUAUGCCAAGGUUGAGGCUGAAUCCGGAUCGUGAACAGUUUUUGGCUGAAGUUGGUGAACUUUGGCCCAACGGCUCGUUAUUGAUUGAAAAGGUGGAUGAAGAAGAAACCGAUAGCGAAAGUGACGUGUAG